AUGUUAUCUUUUAAAAAGGGAAUAAAAAAGUCAUCCAUCUCACUAAGAACGUUCAGCUUCUCUUCCGUUGUCCGUCAACUUAAGGAAACUAAACCUGAACUAAAUCCACGCGUAAAAUACCACAUUAUCGAUCACGAAUAUGAUUGUGUGGUUUUGGGCGCGGGCGGUGCAGGCUUAAGAGCAGCUUUUGGUUUAGCUGAAGCGGGAUACAAAACUGCUUGUCUAUCCAAGUUGUUUCCCACAAGAUCACAUACUGUGGCGGCCCAAGGUGGAAUCAACGCAGCUUUGGGGAAUAUGCAUUCAGAUAACUGGAAAUCGCACAUGUUUGACACCGUCAAAGGAUCUGACUGGCUAGGAGACCAGGAUGCCAUCCAUUAUAUGACACGUGAAGCAACAAAAUCUGUCAUUGAAUUGGAACAUUACGGUAUGCCGUUUUCAAGAACCGAAGAUGGAAGAAUUUAUCAGAGAGCAUUCGGCGGACAAUCGAAAGAUUUUGGUAAAGGGGGUCAGGCCUAUAGGACUUGUACUGUGGCGGACAGAACAGGACAUGCAAUGCUCCACACACUGUACGGCCAAGCACUGAAAAACAAUACUCACUUUUUCAUCAAAUAUUUUGCAAUGGAUUUGCUAACUCAUGAGGGCGAUGUUGUUGGCGUCAUCGCUUACAAUGAAGAAGAUGGUACCAUCCACAGAUUCAGAGCUCACAAGACCAUCAUCGCUACGGGUGGAUAUGGUAGGGCAUACUUCUCCUGCACUUCUGCCCACACUUGUACAGGUGAUGGUAAUGCCAUGGUUUCUCGUGCUGGGUUUCCGCUGGAAGAUUUAGAAUUUGUUCAGUUCCAUCCUUCUGGAAUUUACGGAUCUGGCUGCCUGAUCACUGAAGGUGCCCGUGGUGAAGGUGGAUAUUUAUUGAAUUCUGAAGGAGAAAGGUUUAUGGAACGCUAUGCCCCUACUGCCAAGGACUUAGCAAGCAGGGAUGUUGUAUCCAGAGCAAUAACUAUGGAAAUUAGAGCUGGUAGAGGUGUUGGGAAACAUAAGGACCAUAUUCUUCUGCAAUUAAGUCAUCUACCAACAGAAGUGAUAAAGGAAAGAUUACCAGGUAUUUCUGAGACGGCUGCUGUCUUUGCGGGUGUGAAUGUCGCUCGGGAGCCAAUUCCCGUAUUGCCAACUGUUCACUAUAAUAUGGGCGGCAUUCCCACUAAAUAG